UUAUUGAUGAUGAAAAUAUCAAAUAUUGAAAAUUUUCAAUUGCUUCAUUCAAUAAUUUGCCGGAAUAAUCAUAAUUAUCCACCAAUAAUUGCCAUCAAAUUAUAUCAUUGAUAUUAUCGUCAAACGCCGAAUAAUUUAAAAAAAUAAAUUCUACAACUUUACUACAACAACAGUUUUGAUCGAUUUAUUCAAAAUGUGGACUGUACAAAGUAAUCUGCCUGAAGAAUUACAACAUCAAAUUAGUUUAGUCUAUGGUACAGAUGUAUUUCCAUUAGAAGUACGUACAAUAUUAGGUGAAUGGAUUGAAAAACAACCAUGGUCAAAAAUUGCAACAGAAUUAUGUCCAGAAACCGAAGCAUUAGCAACAGCAUUGCAACAAGAAUUUAUAUUGAAAAUAAAUUCAUUAGCUCAUACAUUGGAUAAUAAUCAGCUCAAAUAUCGUUUAACACAAGUUGCAUUUAGCGCACAACAUCGUAAUCCAGUUGAAUUGGCUAGUAUUAUUUAUUAUUCAUUACAGAAAGAAUCACGAAUAAUGAGCUAUGCUCAAAGUUGUUUAUUGGAUACGAAACCACCAAGACCAAUGCAAGAUUCAUUUCAAGAAAUUAAUCGUGACAUACAAAGGAUUCGUAAAGAUUUAACCGAAACAGAUGAAAUUAUAAGACAAACGUUCCAGGAUCAAGAACAAUUAAUUGUCAAUUAUCAGGAACGGCAAAAAACACAAGCAUUAUUACAGAAUGCUCAAACAAAUGAACGUGCAAAAAUAAUGAAACAAUUAGAUGUACAGGAGACCAGUUUGCAAACAUCUACCGAAACAUUAAUGAAACAAAGAUCCGAAUUAUUGGAUCGUUUACGUGAAUGUAGUAAUGCAAUAAAUAUUUUAAUGACAAAAGUAUUGGAUACAGAAUUAGCUAAUUGGCAUCGUGGUCAACAAUUAUUAGGAAAUGGUGUUAUCUAUACUGGUUAUACAUUGGAUGAUAUACAGGAUUGGUGUGAAGCAUUAGCCGAUUUUAUAUGGCAAAAUCGUUUACAAAUAAAACGUAUGCAGAUAACAUGUACAAACUAUAGUCCAAAUCAAUAUCUAAAUGAUAGUUUGUAUAAUCUAAUGGAUGCAAACACUGUCAUGUUGAAUCGUUUAGUAAAGAAUACGUUUGUGAUUGAAAAACAACCACCACAAGUUAUGAAAACGAAUACACGUUUUACGGCCACCGUUAGAUUAUUGGUUGGAUGUAAAUUAAAUCUACAUCUAGCACCACCGAAUGUAUCGGUACACAUUAUUAGUGAACAUCAGGCGGCAUUAUUAAGCAAUGUGGCCGAUAAUUCAUUAUCAUUCAUACAGAAUGAAUCGGCCGCAGGUGAAAUUCUUAAUAAUGUUGGCAUUAUGGAAUAUCAUGCCGCCACCACUCACCUAAGUGUCCAUUUUCGUAAUAUGCAAUUAAAAAAGAUUAAAAGAACCGAAAAGAAAGGUACCGAAUCUGUUAUGGAUGAAAAAUUUGCCCUAUUAUUUAAUUCACGUUUCACUAUAAGUCAAGAAUUUGGUGAUAUGCCAGUCAGAAUUCCAUGUUGCGUUCAAACAUUCUCAUUACCGGUGGUUGUAAUCGUACAUGGUAAUCAAGAACCACAUGCACAUGCUACAAUCACCUGGGAUAAUGCAUUCGCUGAACAGAGACGAACAUCGUUCAUUGUACCAGAUAAAGUUCCAUUCUAUCGUGUUGGUGAAGUACUAAGUCAAAAAUUCAUUGCAAAUGUUGGUAAAGGUUUAAGUCAAGAUAAUCUAAGAUUUUUGGCUGCAAAAGCAUUACGUACGAAUAAUGUUCCCGAUUUGAAUGUAUUGAUUACGUGGAGUCAAUUCAGUAAAGAACCAUUGCCGGAUCGUAAUUUUACAUUUUGGGAAUGGUUUUAUUCAAUAUUGAAAAUAACUAAAGAACAUUUACGACCAUUAUGGAAUGAUAAUCUAAUACAUGGUUUUAUUAGCCGUACAGAAACGGCAAAUAUUCUAUCACAAUCAGCGAUGGGAACAUUUUUAUUACGAUUUUCUGAUUCCGAACAAGGCGGUCUAACCGUAGCAUGGAAAGGAAAAUCACCAGAAGAUAAUACAAUUGGUUGUUUUAUGUUACAGCCAUUUAAUGCAAAAGAUUUGGGCAUACGUUCAUUAGCUGAUCGUUUAAAUGAUUUAAAAAAUCUAACACAUCUAUAUCCAGAUACACCGAAAGAUGUUGUAUUCUCUAAAUAUUAUACACCGAUUGGUGAAACAACGAAAACAACUACCGGUUAUGUUAAACCAGUUCUGGUCACUUGUGUGCCUGGUCUAUCUGCAAUGUCAUUGGAAUCAUUUCCAAAUACACCACAAUCAUCAUUACAGCCACAUUCACCUGGUGAUUCAAAUUCAAUGCCAUUCGAUUCGAAUACAACAUCAAUGGAUUGUACAACAGUCAAAGUUACAGGAUUUCAUAUGGUUUAAACUGUUGAUUCAAUAAGUAUUUAAAUAAUAUUCCAUACUAUAAACACACCUAAAUAUACUACACAUGAUUAAUCUUCAAUAUAUCAAUCAAUCAAUCACCACCACCACCACCACCAUUAUCAUCAAUAUAAUCAUCUGGAUCGAUUGAUAAAUAAUGCCAUUUUCAUUCAUUUCACACAUACCACAUUUGCAUUCUGACUAGAUUUGAAACAAAAAAUCAUCAUCAUCAUCAUCUAUUUCCAUUUUUUUUUCUUUGCUUUGAUCACGACAAACAUUAUGGAAUACCAUUUCAUUUGAAUUAAUUUCAAUAUAUCAAUAUAUAACUGAUACAUUUCAAUCAUUUGUUUCACACACACACACACACACAAACACAUAUUAUCCAAUCUAAUCAUCUAUUAUCAAAAUUAUUCAUGACAGAAAAAAAAUUCGUUUAUUUAUCAUAUUCAACAACAACAACAGC